AGCAGACAGGUGGAGUCCUGGAAUUCUGAACCUCCAGGGAAGAGGAGCUUCAGUGCAUGGCUGGGGAUUCUGAUGGACCUGUGACUGCUGAACCACAGCCAACCUGGGAGGCUUUCUCCUGUCAGUAGUCUCAUGCUUAGGUGAGUGAAAGGCAUCCUGGCAGCAUGUGGUGACAGGCGAUGUAAAGGCUGGGUGAGCACACUUGGGAAAGGAGAUCCCACUUGGUUGACAGCACAGUGCCAGGAGCCAGACUUCGUCUCUGUCUUCCCCACCCUGACCAGCGUUGUGCUGUCAUCACAGGAACUGGCUGCCCAAGCAGGGCUCUGCCGCCUCCCUGCUGCUGCGGGGAUCACCAGAUGCUGGGAGGCAACAGGCUUUCUACCUUCCAGCCUCUUAGAGACACCCUUUGGCAGGACCUGACUAAACAGCAGCCGGGACUGAGUUGCCUCCAGCCAUACAGAAUGGAGAGCGGGACAGUGGGGUGGAGCUGAGCAUGGAGAAGCCCGCUACACUCAGCACUGCAGGCUCCCCACCCUAGGCUGCUUACUCAGAAAGAACAAGUUACCGCUCUGACGCUUGGCCACUCACCCAAGCAUUGAGGUAGCUUUGUCCCGGCUGCAUUGGGCACCAUCUUUCACAGAUGGAGUCUCUGUCGCCAGGCUGAAGUGCAGUGGUGCCAUCUUGGCUCACUGCAACCUCCACCUCCCGGGUUCAAGUGAUUCUCCUGUCUCAGCCUCCUGAGUAACUGGGCCUACAGUGUUCAGCCUCUGAUGAUCCUCUUCAGGGAGGUGCAGCUAUGGGUAUGCCCACAGUCACCCUGGAAUGACAGUGGUUCUGGAGCUGAGCAGCCUGGGAGGCAGGCAAGAGCCUCUCCUGGUAUGGAACUCUCACCUCAUAAGCUACAAGAAGGGCUAUCAGGACCCCAGUAUUCUCAACAUCUCAUAUCCAAGGUAGAGCCUGCUUUCCACAAAUAGGGGCUAAGUGGAAGAAGGGAACCCCACCUCAACCAGACUCACCCAGGACUCACUCCCACAACAGGCGCCUGGGAGGGGGAUGAGAUACACUGAAGUACUCCCUCCUCCCAGGAAGAAAGCCCUCCCGCCGGGAGAUGGGAGAAGAGAAGCCUGUGCUUGGUGAUGCCAGUCUGGUGUGGAGUCCACCUCCCUUUGCUGGAUCUCAUUCCAUCACCCAGGCUGAUCUCGGCUCAUUGCAACCUCUGCCUCCUGGGUUCAAGCGAUUCUCCUGCCUUAGCCUCCCUAGUAGCUAGGAUUACAGGUAUGUGCCACCAUACCCAACUAAUUUUUGUAUUUUUUUUUAGUAGAGAUGGGUUUUCACCAUGUUUGCCAGGCUGCUCUCAAACUCCUGAUCUCAAGUGAUCCGCCCACCUCAGCCUCCCAAAAUGCUGGGAAUACAGGCAUGAGCCACCACACCUGGCCUUGAAUAGAUGUUUGUUUUUUGCUGUUUGCCCUUCAGGCCAUUUCUAGAAGCUUUAAUUUGUUCUCUUUCAUUUUUAUUUUGUUGGCCCCUUUCAACUCAGCUUUAUUUUUUCUAAAUAAUUUUUACCAGGCUGGGUGUGGUGGCUCACACCUGUAAUCCCAGCACUUUGUGAGGCCAAACUGGGCAGAUAAUGAAGUCAGGAGUUUGAGACCAACAUGGUGAAACCCUGCCUCUACUAAAACUACAAAAACUAGCUGAGCGUGGUGGCAUGCGCCUGUAAUUCCAGCUACUCAGGAGGCUGAGGCAGGAGAAUCACUUGAACCCAGAAGACGGAGGUUGCAGUGAGCCAAGAUCACCCCACUGCACUCCAUCCUGGGUGAAACAGCGAAACUUCCAUCUCAAAUUAAAAAAAAAAAAAAAAAAAAUAGAGCUGGGCACAGUGGCUCACACCAGUAAUCCCAGCACUUUGGGAAGCUGGUGGAUCACCUGAGGUCAGGAGUUCAAGACCAGCCUGGCCAACAUAGUGAAACCCUGUCUCUACUAAAAAUACAAAAAUUAGCUGGCUGUGGUUGCCUGCAUGAGAGCUACUGGUCUGCAGUUUUUGUUUUGGGGCGCUUUGGGGGUGUUGGCACUUUGUUAGUUUUGAUAUCAGGAUAUUUCUUGCCUUAUAAGAUGCAUUAAGAAGUGUCCGCUUCUCUUUUGUUUUCUGAAAGAGAUUGUUUAAAGUUGGUGUUAAUUCUAAUGGUGUGGUUGGUGAUUCUGGUUCCUGGGCUAGAGCAGGCAGCCAGGUGUGUAACACUGAGCCUUGAGGCAGGUCUGGGGGAGUCAGAGGGCAGUCCCUUAUUUCAUGAGCUUGAAGUUAGAACCCACAGAAGACUGAGGAUGUUGAAAGCUCCCUUCCUGCCUGUGACAAUGGCUACUCUGAUUCCCCCACCCCACUUAGGGGUGAUGACAAUGUCUCAUUCAUCUGUCUCCCUGGUGCCUGGCACCGGGGAGGAGGGGUGCUCAGUGAAUCCGGGUGGCACAGCAGCCUGUGUGGAAGCGAGAGGCAUUUCAGGAAAUUCAUGGGGCCGGCUUCCUCCUGGGAGGUGUGGCAGAGGGUGCUGCCAGGAACGGAGAAAAGCACUGCCUUCCCUUUUCCUUCUACUGCCUAGAGAAGUGUGGGAGUGGAUGGGAGGUGAAGGGACAGAUCACCGAGUUGCCAAGAGACCUGGAGACUGGCCCAUUCGGGCCACCUUCCCUAGUGCGCUCUAGCCGGCUCCAUCCCUGGUUGGCAUGGAGACAGGAGGCGGUUGCCACGGAGACCGACGACUGCCAGGAUCAGCCAAUCACUCUGGAGCUGCAGCUCCAGCUCACCUUUUGGAUGGAGGCAUCGGGCUCGGCGGGGCCCCCUCCCUCCCCAGGCCCUGCACUCUCUGCUCGGUCAGCCAGGAAGGAGGCUGCGCCACCACCCCCACCCAAAGCGCUCCGAGCAUCCCAGUAUCCCAACCACCUCCCCAGUCUCCCACAACUAGGGUUCUAGGGACGUCCCCGCCUCUUCCCGGCCACGGGCUGAUGCCACCCUGGGGCAGCCUAGCUUCCAAUUGGCCCUGAAACCCUCCCUGGUAAAGGGGGGGAAUGCUGUGGAAAGGGCGGGACCAGGCGCAGGCACCCACCCCCGCUCUCCCUCGAAACAGCACACAGCAAGAGGAAGGCCACAGCCGGGUGGAGCGGGGGUGGGAAGGGAGCACCCCCCCCCCACGCCCUCCGCAGUGCCUGGCGAGCCCGCGCACGCUCACUCACGGGGACAGGCGGGCGGGGUGGCCUGACGUCACCCACUGCCCCCACCGCCCGGCCAAGGGGCGGUGGCCGCGCAGACUCGGCGGGGCGACAGUACGGACUGACGGAGGGUCAGAGGGACUGAGGGACUGGUGAGCACACGGCCAGGCCAUGCCUGGGGAGGCUGCCCGCGCUGAGCUGCUGCUGCCCGAGGGGGACGGACCUGGGCCCCGCACAGAUCUGUCCUGCGAUGCAGCUGCUGCUACCUCCAUCCUGGGAGGGGACCGGCGGGAACCCUGUGCUCUGACCCCAGGGCCCAGCCACCUGGCCCUCACAUUUCUGCCUAGCAAGCCAGGUGCCCGGCCCCAGCCCGAGGGAGCCAGCUGGGAUGCAGGGCCUGGUGGGGCAUCCUCAGCCUGGGCGGACCCAGCGGAGGGCAGCCUGAGCCCCAAGCUCCUCCCUGAGGGCCUGUCCCAGGUUCUGCCCACUGAGACUCCUCUCCCGGCCACCCUGGAGCCCCGGAUUGUGAUGGGAGAGGAGACAUGCCAGGCCCUCCUGUCACCCAGGGCUGCCCGGACAGCGCUCAGGGACCAGGAGGGUGGGCACGAAAGCCUGGACCCACCCCCCGAGCUGUGUUCUCAGGGUGAUCUUUCUGUGCCUUUCCCUCCCCCAGACCCUGACUCCUUCUUCACGCCUCCCUCCACCCCCACCAAGACCAUCUAUGCCCUGCUACCUGGCUCUGGUCCCCUUGGGGACGUCCAGGACUCAGAGGCUGAGAUGCAGGAUGAGCUGCUGGACUCAUCCCCUGCCUCGCCCUCAGGCUCCUACAUUACAGCUGAUGGGAACAGCUGGGCCUCUUCACCCUCCUGUUCCCUCAGCCUGCUGGCUCCGGAUGAAGGGCUGGACUUCCCCUCAGGCUGGGGCCUGUCCCCCCAGGGGUCCAUGGCAGACGAACGAGAGCUGCACCCUGCCGGGACCCCAGAGUCCCAAUCCUCUGAGUCUAGCCUCUCCACAGACAGCAGCUCCUCCUGGGGCCAGGAGGGUCACUUCUUCGACCUGGACUUCCUGGCCAAUGACCCGAUGAUCCCCGCAACCCUCCUACCCUUCCAGGGCAGCCUCAUCUUCCAGGUGGAGGCAGUGGAGGUGACACCACUAUCCCCAGAGGAAGAAGAAGAGGAGGUUGAGGCAGCUCCCAGCCCAGGUGGGGACCUGGCGGGGGACGGUGAGGAGGACAGCACUUCUGCCUCCUUUCUCCAGUCACUGUCUGACCUGUCCAUCACGGAGGGCAUGGAUGAGGCCUUCGCCUUCCGGGACGACACCUCUGCAGCCUCCUGGGACUCAGACUCAGCCUCCUAUGCAGAGGCGGAUGAUGAGAGGCUGUACAGCGGGGAGCCCCACGCCCAGCCCACCCUGCUCCAGGACAGUGUCCAGAAGACAGAAGAGGAGAGUGGAGGCGGGGCCCAGGGGCUGCAGGCUCUGGAAGGGACUGAGUUCUGGGCCUUGGAGGCUGUUUCUCAGACCUCAGACAGAGGGGCCCAUCUCUCCCAGAGACAGGAAUCAAUCUCGGAAGUAACAGAAGAGGGCCUUGCUUUAGGCCAACAGUCCACUGCCACUGUGACCCCUCACACUCUGCAGGUAGCCCUAGGCCUCCAGGUGGAGGUGGCUACCAGGAUGAUCCCUCAGGCUGGGGAGGAAGAAGUGGACUCCACCACUGGACAAGCACCUGCUGCCAUGGCAAUGCCUCAGCCCUCCCAGGAGGGCAUCAGCGAGAUCUUAGGCCAAGAGUCUGUCACUGCAGAAAAACUUCCAACUCCACAGGAAGCAGCAAGCCUCACAUUGUGUCCAGACUCUCCUCAGAACUUGAAGGAAGGAGGAGGGCUGGACCUCCUGUCAGGCCCAAAGCCUGUGGCUACAGCCACACUUGUACCCCAGCAGGCUGAAGAGGGCCUCACCUUACCCCAGGACUCCGCUGUGACACCACCUCUGCCCCCACAAGACACAGACCUCCCGUCAGGCCCAGAGCCUGUGGCUGUAGCCACGCUUGUUCCCCAGCAGGCUGAAGAGGGCCUCACCUUACCCCAGGACUCCGCUGUGACACCACCUCUGCCCCCACAAGACACAGACCUCCCAUCAGGCCCAGAGCCUGUGGCUGCAGCCACGCUUGUGCCCCAGCAGGCUGAAGAGGGCCUCACCUUACCCCAGGACUCUGCUGUGCCCCCAGCCAUGCCUGUGCCCCAGCAGGCUGAAGAGGGCCUCACCUUACCCCAGGACUCUGCUGUGCCCCCAGCCCCGCCUGUGCCCCAGCAGGCUGAAGAGGGCCUCACCUUACCCCAGGACUCUGCUGUGUCCCCAGCCACGCCUGUGCCCCAGCAGGCUGAAGAGGGCCUCACCUUACCCCAGGACUCUGCUGUGCCCCCAGCCCCGCCUGUGCCCCAGCAGGCUGAAGAGGGCCUCACCUUACCCCAGGACUCUGCUGUGCCCCCAGCCCCGCCUGUGCCCCAGCAGGCUGAAGAGGGCCUCACCUUACCCCAGGACUCUGCUGUGCCCCCAGCCACGCCUGUGCCCCAGCAGGCUGAAGAGGGCCUCACCUUACCCCAGGACUCUGCUGUGCCCCCAGCCACGCUUGUGCCCCAGCAGGCUGAAGACAGCCUCACCUUACCCCAGGGCUCUGCUGUGCUACCACCUCUGCCGCCACAAGACACAGACCUCCCAUCAGGCCCAGAGCCUGUGGCUGCAGCCAUGCUUGUGCCCCAGCAGGCUGAAGAGGGCUUCACCUUACCCCAGGACUCUGCUAUGACAGCACCUUUGCCUCUACAAGACACAGGCCCCACCUCAGUUCCAGAGCUUCUGGCUGUGGCCACCCCUCAGACCUUGCAGGCAGAAGGAGACUGUGCCCCAGGGACAGAGUCCGUGGCCUCCAUGGCUCAGCAGGAAGUAGGUGCAGCCUUAGGCCCCAGGCCAGCACCUGAGGAGAACGUAGCCCUCCCUAGAGUCCCAGAGCCUGUAGCCUUAGACCAGGUCCAACAGGAUGACACACAGCCAGCUGCAGAAGCUGGGACACCUUGGGCUGCACUGGAAGAUGUGGGUCCCACUUUGGGCCUGGAGGCCCCCCAUCUUCCUGAGCCUGCCUCUGGUGUGGGGGAGGAAGAAGUAGCAGAAGCCCUUUCUAUGCCCAAAUGGGAAGCAUGUCUGGGAGCCCGAGCGAACACAGGUGAUGGGGACUUGGCCUCAAAGGAGAUCCUGGAGGUUGAGAACCAGCAGGGAGGAGGCCUCAAGCCACCGGCACGGGAAUGUGAACCUGGGUCAGCCCUGGGAGGUACAGGGGAGGUCCCCAAGGUGGCUCCUGCUGCCUGCCCUGAGGUUGGCCAGGCCCGGCUCCUGAGCCCAACCAGGGAGGGAAGAGGCCCGAGUGUCAAGUCCAACCUGGAGCCCAGGCUUCCCUCAGCUGUGGCCACAGAGGCCUGUCUGGACUCAUGCCCAGAGUCUUCAGCAGGGGCUGUGUCCAGGCUGGACAGAGGCUGCCCUGAAGCGCCUGCCCCCACAUCUGUACCAACCUUCCAGCAGCCGGAGCCUGUGCUGGGCCUGGGCAGUGUUGAGCAACCCCAGGAAGCACCUAGUGUCCUUGGCCCCCACUUGCUACAGCUCCCAGAAAACCUUGCAAAGGGUCUGCCCAGCGUACCCCUGGACGGGCUCCUGGGCCCUGACCCUUCUGUUCCUGGUGUCCUUGCUGAGGCAGCCCUACCCCCACUGGACCCCCCAGCCCCCUGCCUGUGCCAGGACCUCCAGGAAGACUCCGUGGAAGACAAGGAGCCCCCAGGAUCUCGGGGCCGCCUAUCGCCCCAGGCAGGAGCUCAGCCUGCCACUGUUGCUGUCUCAGGAACCACACAGCCUCUGGGGAUUGGGCUGGGAGUCAGCCUCUCGCCUCACUCCCCACUCCUCAGCCCCAAGGUGGCCCCCACGGAUGCCAAAGACCUGGCCUUGCAGAUCUCGCUCCCUUGCCAAGUGCCUCCCCGCUCUGGGCCCCAGAGCCUAACUGGCCCUCAAGGGCUCUCAGCCCCCGAGCAGCAAGAGGACGAGGACAGCCUAGAGGAAGACUCACCUCGGGUCCUGGGCUCAAACCAGCAUUCGGAUAGCCACGGGGAGUCGUCAGCAGAGCUGGAUGAGCAGGACAUCUUGGCUCCUCAAACCGCACAGUGUCCAGUCCAGGCCCCAGCAGGCGGCAGUGAGGAGACCAUCGCCAAAGCCAAGCAGAGUCGAAGUGAGAAGAAGGCCCGAAAGGCAAUGUCAAAGCUGGGCUUGAGGCAGAUUCAGGGAGUCACCAGGAUCACCAUCCAGAAGUCCAAGAACAUCCUCUUUGUCAUCGCUAAGCCUGAUGUCUUCAAGAGCCCAGCCUCAGACACUUACGUGGUCUUUGGUGAGGCCAAGAUUGAGGAUCUGUCCCAGCAAGUGCACAAGGCUGCAGCUGAGAAGUUCAAGGUGCCCUCAGAGCCCUCGGCCUUGGUCCCUGAGUCAGCACCCAGGCCCCGGGUGAGGCUGGAGUGCAAGGAAGAGGAGGAGGAGGAGGAAGAGGUGGACGAGGCGGGGCUGGAACUGCGUGACAUUGAGCUGGUGAUGGCGCAGGCCAAUGUGUCCCGGGCCAAGGCUGUGCGGGCUCUGAGAGACAACCACAGUGACAUCGUCAAUGCCAUCAUGGAACUGACCAUGUAGCCACUGACUAGAAGCCGGAGCCAUCCUGGGCCUUCCCUUAGCUCUGCUACUCAAUAAAUCAGUGUCCCUUCAUUGCCCUA